AUGUCAGGUUACGACAGUGCCAACGAAUAUGUUAGACCUCGACGACGCUAUCCACGCAGCCUAUCGCAGCAGCAGGAUGAUGGAGUAUCAAGCGACCCAUAUGAGUACCAGCAACAAUCAUCACCACGACGACAUCGUAAAAGUAAAAGACGAGGACACAAACAAUCUGUGCGCAGUAAUGUACAUCGUCAACCUUCUCGUCGUCAACAACAACAAGCAGCAGCAGCAGCAGCAUGGCACGCAGAUCAUGAGGCUAUGAAUGAUGAUGGCGAUGAUGAUGACUUUGGAUAUCCAUUUCUACCAUUUCCAUUUCCACCACCUCCACCUCAUCUUGUGGGUCAUGAUGGAUUUUAUGGUCCUGAUGAAUUUGAUCCAUAUGAAGAAGAAGCCAUGUUACAUCUAGAUGAGAUGGGUCGUUUACCACCACCACCACCACCAUUUGCAGGAUUUGGCCCUAUGAUGGGUCCUCAUCAUCAUCAUCCACCGCCACCACAUCCAUUUGGUCCUCCUCCUUUCAAUAUGAUGCAUCCACCACCAUUACCACCACCCGAUGAAUACUUUUUGGAAGAUGAUGACCGAAAUGACGAUCGAGAAGCUAUAUCGGAUGAUGAUGAUGAUGAUGAUUACAAUAAUCGACGACCCGUGGCACCAGUACCUCCUUUCUUGGAUGAACAUGUACCACCUCCUGGUUUCUUACCUCCUUUACCGCGCUUGGGCCCAUUACCACCACCCAUCCCAUUUAUGGAUCAUCCUGACAUGGCACAACAACGACGACCCAAACGAUCACGAUCAUUGCCAGCACGUAAAUCAAGAAUACCAGCAACAACCACCACGGAGACGUUGCAUAGAAACAAUAGCAAUAGUAGUCGGGUAUUUCGGAAACGACAUCCGUCAUUGCAUCGAACAAGCUCAGUGUCAUCGUCACCAGGUGCACGUCGGAGUACACAACAGCACGAGCCAUUGCCACACGAGAGACCCCAUGCCAUGAGUGCGCCUGGAUCACCUGUGGAACUUUAUUCACCCACGAUGGAAGAUCAAUUCCAUGAUGCUCUCUCUCAUCAAGAAGAAGAUCAUCAUCAUCAUCAUCGUCCUCAUCCUAUUCCACGUCGACGUUCUAUUCAUAUUGUUCCUUCCAUGACACCUCAUCCACCUCAUCCACCACCACCACCAAUGUCCAUGUUGGGAAGACGUCAUUCAGUGUAUGAUUCAUUGGGUGCUGCUGCUGGUAAUAAUGACAUGUUUUCACCACCUCAACCAUUACAUCCUCCAAUGGCAGCACCACCACCACCACCACCACCUUUGGCAGCUAUGGGAUUACGUCCUGAUCUAGGUGAUGAAGUACCAAGCAACAAUAGUAGUGCACCAGGUACACCUUGGAUGCCAGCAUCUUAUUUUUCAAGUCCUGCUAUGCCACCUGCACCUCAUACACAACCACCCAUGAUGUCAGGACCACCACCAGCACAAGGUGGAAUGGGCAUGUUACCAUCAACAUUUGGUCCUCCAAUGAAUCCAUUCAUGAUGGGUAGACCUCCACCACCCAUGUCAAUGAUGUCCAUGAUGGGUCCUGGUGGUCCUGGUGGUGGUAAUGGUUUACCAGGCAUGCUUGAUGAUAUGGGCGGUGGUGGUGGUGCUGAUGGAUUUCCUCCUCUUUCUCUUGGCGGUGGCGGUGGCAUGAAUCCAAUGUUUGGUGGUGGUGGUGGUGGUCCAAUGAUGAUGGGUGAUACUAUGAUGGGACAACAAGGCGCUUUUGGAAAUGGUGGCGGUCCAUCCUCUAUGCAUCAUCCUAAUGGCGGUGGUGGUGGUGGUGGCGGUCCCAUGGAUUCAAUGCACAAUGGCAAUCAACGUAUGAUGAAUGAUCGUGAUAUGAAUGGUGCUGGUGAUUUCGAUAUGGGUGGUGGACCUCCUUCAAGUUCAAGAGCUAAUUCAGCAAUGGGACAUCAUCAUCAUCAUCCUGAAAGUGGUCAACAAGGUAAUCAUAAUGGCGGACCUAUGAUGCCUCCUUCAUCCAUGAUGGGAAACAAUGGCCCUGGUGGUGGAUCCAUGAUGCCCCCUCCUCAUGCACAACAUCCUAUGAUGAUGGGGGGUCGACCUCCUAUGCGAAGAAAAUCAUGGCUUGGUGGUCUCUUUGGUGGUGGUAGUGGUGGAGAAGGUUCAAAAGCUGCCAUGAUGGAUCGACACAUGUGGGAUCGGAAUAGCAUGGUUCCCUUGGAAGAUGCAUUGGGUCAUAUGUCACUUGGUGGUGGUGCUGGUCCAAACCAUGGUGAAUCUCCUUCAUCCAUGCGAUCCUUUGGAAGUGGUCUUUCUCGUAAAAGCAGCAGCAAGAUUUCCAACAAGGCACAACAAUUACAACGCUUCCCUGGCAUUUGGUGUUAUCGCCCAAGGAAUAUGAUGAUGAUGCAUCAAGGCGGUGGAGGCGAUGAAGAAGGUGGUGGUGGUGGCAACGUAUGGGCUCCUUUCAGCGUCAACAAUCAACGCAAGUUACACCGCAUGAUCGACAUGGGUGCUGGUCAUCUGCCAUCCUCUACCAUUAGUCUCGAUAGGGAAGAAAAGCUCUCUGGUACCAUUCAUCUUUGUCCUCGCAACAUGAUUGCUUAUCAUUUUCGGUCACUUUUAUCCGGUCGGCCUGAAAUACUCGAUGUCCAAUACAUUCCCACACAUGACAGUCAAUUUGUUGUACGUCCAGAACAUGACAUGGCAGCUGGUGCUGGUGGUCAUCCUUCUGCAGGCGCAGGCGCUGGAAUGGCUUCAAAGUUAAUUGGUUCAAUGUUUGGCUCAUGA